CUGCUGCUGCUGCUGCUGCUGGACACCAGCGUCUGGGCUCAAGAAGAAGUGCUAGAAAAUGUCGGCCUGAGCUGUUCAAAAGAUGCAGCUAGAUUCAAGCACCUCCGGAAGUACGCCUAUGACUAUGAGGCUGAAAGUUCCAGUGGAGUCCACGGGACUGCAGACUCAAGAAGUGCCACCAAGAUCCACUGCAAGGUCGAGCUGGAGGUUCCCCAACUCUGCAGCUUUAUCCUGAGGACUAGCCAGUGUACCCUGAAAGAGGUAUAUGGCUUCAACCCUGAAGGCAAGGCCUUAAUGAAGAAGACCAAGAACUCUGAGGAGUUUGCAGCAGCCAUGUCCAGAUAUGAGCUCAAGCUGGCCAUUCCUGAAGGGAAGCAAGUUGUCCUCUACCCAGAGAAGGAUGAGCCUACACACAUCCUGAACAUCAAGAGGGGCAUCAUCUCUACCCUCCUGGUUCCCCUGGAGACAGAAGAGGCCGAACAAGUGUCGUUUCUGGACACAGUGUAUGGAAACUGCUCCACUCGCCUUACUGUGCAGACAAGGAAGGGAAGUGUGGCAACACAAAUAUCCAUGGAGAGAGACCUGCAGGAGUGUGAUGGUUUCCAGCCCAUCAGCACGACUGUCAGCCCCCUUGCCCUCAUCAAAGGCCUGGUCCGCCCCUUGUCAACUCUGAUCAGCAGCAGCCAAUCCUGCCAAUACACUCUGGAUUCCAAGAGGAGGCACGUGUCAGAAGCCAGCUGCCAGGAGCAACACCUGUUCCUGCCUUUCUCCUAUAAGAAUAAGUAUGGCAUGAUGACACAAGUUACCCAGACACUGAAACUUGAAGACAUGCCAAAGAUCAAUAGCCGCUUCUUUAGCGAAGGUGCUAAGCAGGUGGGUCUGGCCUUUGAGAGCACUAAGUCUUCAUCCCCACCAAAGCAAGCUGAAGCUGUUGUGAAGACCCUCCAAGAGUUGAAAAAACUGUUCACCUCUGAGCAAAAUGCCCAGAGAGGAAAUCUCUUCAAUAAAUUGGUUACUGAGCUGAGAGGCCUCAGCGAUGAGGCAGUUGCAUCCCUCUUGCCUCAGAUGAUCCAGAUAUCCAGCCCCAUCACGUUGCAAGCUUUGGUUCAGUGUGGACAGCCCCAGUGUUACACUCACAUCCUCCAGUGGCUGAAAAAUGAGAGAGCUCACCCACUUCUGAUUGAUGUUGUCACCUACCUGGUGGCCAUGAUCCCAAAUCCAUCAGUGCAGAGGCUACGUGAGAUCUUUAACACAGCCAAGGAGCAGCAAAGCCGAGCCACCCUGUAUGCACUGAGCCAUGUGGUCAACAACUAUUAUGAGAUGAACUAUACAAUGAACACAGACCUGCAGGGUAUUGCUGCAUACCUGUUGGAACAGAUUAACAAUGAGUGCAUGGGAGAGGAAGAUCACAUCUACUUGAUUCUGAGGGUCAUUGGAAAUGUGGGCAGAACCAUGGAGAAAGUAAUGCCAGCACUCAAGUCUUCGGUAUUGAAUUGUAUCAAAAGUACAAAGCCAUCACUGCUGAUUCAGAAAGCUGCUCUCCAGGCCCUGAGGAAGAUGGAACUUGACAAUGAGGUUCGAGGGCUUCUACUUGAGACUUUUGUGGAUGCCUCUUCUCCAGUGGAGAAGAGACUGGCUGCCUAUCUCUUACUGAUAAAGGGGCGUUCCUCAUCAGAUAUUAACAAAAUUGUCCAACUUCUCCCAGGGGAGCAGAAUGAACAAGUGAAAAACUUUGUGGCAUCUCAUAUUGCCAACAUCUUGAACUCAGAAGAACUAUAUAUGGAAGAUCUGAAAAAUUUAGUGAAAGAAGCUCUGAAGGAAUCUCAACUUCCAACCAUCAUGGACUUUAGAAAAUUUUCCCGGAACUAUCACUUUUCCAAAUCUGUUUAUCUUCCAACGUUUGACCCAGUAUCAGCCAAAAUUGAAGGGAAUCUUAUAUUUGAUCCAAACAAUUAUCUUCCCAUAGAAAGCAUGCUGAAAACAACCCUCUCUGUCUUUGGAUUUGCUUCAACUGACCUAUUCGAGAUUGGCUUAGAAGGAAAAGGCUUUGAGCCAACAAUGGAAGCUCUUUUUGGGAAGCAUGGAUUUUUCCCAGACAGUGUUAACAAGGCCCUCUAUUGGGUCAAUGGUAAAGUCCCUGAUCACGUCUCACAGGUGUUGGUGGAUCAUUUUGGCUAUACCCAAGAUGAUAAACAUGAACAGGACAUGGUAAAUGGAAUCAUGCCCAUUGUGGACAAGUUGAUUAAAGAUUUAAAAUCCAAUGAAAUCCCAGAAGCCAGAGCCUACCUACACAUCUUGGGAGAAGAGCUUGGCUUUGUCAAGCUCCAAGACCUCCAAUUUUUGGGAAGGAUGCUGAUGAAUGGUGUGCACACACUGCGGGGAAUCCCCCAAAUGAUUGGAGAGGCCAUAAGGGAAGGUUCAAAGAAUGACUUGUUUCUUCACUACAUCUUCAUGGACAAUGCCUUUGAUCUCCCCACUGGAAUGGGAUUACAACUGCAAGUGACCUCAUCUGGAGUCAUCACUCCCGGAACCAAGGCUGGAGUAAAACUAGAAUUAGCCAAUAUGCAGGCUGAACUGGUGGUGAAGCCGUCUAUGUCCGUGGAGUUUGUAACCAACAUGGGCACUGUCAUGCCAGACUUCGCUAGGAGCGGUGUCCAAAUGAAUACCAACUUUUUCCAUGAGACAGGCCUGGAGGCCCGUGUGGCCCUGAAAGCUGGGCAGCUGAAGAUCAUCACCCCUUCUCCAAAGAGGCCAGUGAAGCUGUUCAGUGGCAGCAACACACUGCAUUUGAUCUCAACCACCAAAACGGAAGUGAUCCCGCCUCUGACUGAGAACAGGCAGUCCUGGUCAGCUUGCAAGCCUUUGUUCACAGGCAUGAACUACUGUACUACAGGGGCUUACUCCAAUGCCAGCUCCACAGAAACUGCCUCCUACUACCCACUGACUGGAGACACCAGGUAUGAACUGGAGCUGAAACCUACAGGAGAAGUGGAGCAGUAUUCUGCCAGCGCGACCUACCAACUCCAGAGGGAGGAACGAGGUCUGGUGGACACACUGAAGUUCCUAGUUCAGGCAGAAGGUGUGAAGGAGACUGAAGCUACUAUGGUGUUCAGAUAUAAUCGAAGGGGCAGGACUUUAUCCAGUGAAAUCCAAAUUCCAGAUUUUGACAUUGACUUUGGGACCAUCCUCAGAGUUACUGAUGAGUCAUCUAAGGACAAAACGUCUUACAAACUCAUCCUAGAUAUUCAGAACAAAAAAAUCACUGAGGUCGCUUUUGUGGGUCUUGUAAGUUCUGACAAAAAGGGAGAUGGCAAAAUCAAAGGGAUUAUUUCCAUACCCCGUCUGCAAGCAGAAGCCAGGAGUGAGACCCACAUCCACUGGUCCCCCACUAAACUGCUCCUACAAAUGGAUUCAUCUGCUAUGGCUUAUGGCUCAACAAUUUCCAAGAGACUAGCAUGGCGUUAUGAUAAUGAGAAGAUUGAAUUUGACUGGAACACAGGCACCAAUGUGGAUACCAAAAAAGUGGCUUCAAAUUUUCCUGUGGAUCUUUCUGACUAUCCCAAAACUUUGUAUGCCUCUGCCAAUAGCCUCCUAGAUCACACAGUCCCUCAGACAGACAUGACUUUCCGGUACAUGGGAUCCAAAUUAAUAGUUGCAACAAGCACAUGGCUUCAGAAGGCAUCCAGGGGGAUUCCUUAUGCCCAGACUUUGCAGUAUCACCUCAGUGGACUCAUGGAGUUACCAGAUUUUCACAUGCCAGACAACCUCUUCUUAAAAAGUGAUGGCCGGAUCAAAUAUACCUUGAACAAGAAUAGUGUGAAGAUUGACAUUCCUUUGCCUUUAGGUGGCAAAUCUUCAAAAGACCUGAAGAUUCUAGAGAGCAUUCGCACACCAGCUGUCAACCUCAAGUCUGUGGGAUUGCACCUGCCAUCUCAAGAGUUCCAAGUGCCCACAUUUACAAUUCCUACAUCCUAUCAACUACAAGUGCCUCUCUUGGGUGUUCUAGACCUUUCCACAAAUGUCUACAGCAACCUGUACAAUUGGUCUGCCUCCUACACUGGCGGUAACACCAGCAGAGACCACUUUAGCCUUCAGGCUCAGUACCGCAUGAAAGCCAGCUCUGUGGUUGACCUGCUAUCCUACAGUGUGCAAGGAUCUGGAGAAGCAGCAUAUGACCACAGAAACACAUUCACAUUAUCAUGCGAUGGGUCUCUACGCCACAAAUUUCUAGAAUCAAAAAUAAAAUUCAGUCAUGUAGAGAAAGUUGGAAACAACCCAGUCUCAAAAGGCUUACUAACACUGGAUGCGUCUAGUGCCUUGGGGCCACAGAUGUCUGCUACAGUUCAUGUGGACUCAAAAAAGAAACAACAUUUGUAUGUCAGAGAUGUGAAGGUUGAUGGGCAGCUCAGAGUAGCUUCAUUCUAUGCAAAAGGCACCUAUGGCCUGUCUUGUCAAAGUGAUCCAUCCACCAGCCAGUUGAGUGGAGAGUCCAACCUGAGGUUUAACUCAUCCUACCUCCAGGGCACAAACCGAAUAAUGGGUAUAUACCAGGAUGGAACCCUCUCCCUCACCUCCACCUCUGAUCUGCAAGAUGGUAUAUUCAAAAAUACUGCUUCCCUGAAAUAUGAAAACUAUGAGCUGACUGUGAAAUCUGACAGCAAUGGGCAGUAUGAGAACUUUGCCACUUCUAACAAGGUGGACCUGACCUUCUCUAAGCAAAAUGCGUUGCUACGUUCUGAGUAUCAGGCCAGUUACAAGUCUGUGAGGCUCUUCACACUGCUCUCUGGAUCACUGAAUCCCCAUGGUGUUGAACUAAAUGCUGACAUCACGGGCACUGAUAAAACUAAUACUGCUGCUCACAAAGCAACUCUACGGAUUGCACGAGAUGGGAUAUCUACUAGUGCAACAACCAACUUGAAGUACAGUCCCCUGCUGCUGGAGAAUGAGAUGAAUGCAGCGCUUGGCCUCUCUGGGGCAUCCAUGAAACUAACGACAAACAGCCGCUUUAGGGAACACUAUGCAAAAUUCAGCCUAGACGGCAAAGCUGCUCUCAAGGAGAUAUCACUGGGAAGUGUUUACCAGGCCAUGAUCCUGGGUGUUGAUAGCAAAAACGUUUUCAACUUCAAAAUCAGCCAAGAAGGGCUGAGGCUUUCCAAUGACAUGAUGGGCUCAUAUGCUGAGAUGAGACUCGACCACGCAAACAGUCUGAAUAUUGCAGGUCUAUCACUGGACUUCUCCUCAAAACUUGACAACAUUUAUAGUGCUGACAAGUUUUAUAAGCAAAAUUUUAACUUGCAGCUGCAUCCCUAUUCUCUUUUAGCAACCUUAGACAGUAACUUGAAAUACAAUGCUCUUGACUUGACCAGCAAUGGAAAAUUACAGCUGGAACCCCUGAAGCUGAAUGUCGCAGGCAACCUAAAAGGAGCCUAUCAAAAUGAUGAAAUAAAACACAUCUACACCAUUUCUUAUGCUGACUUAACAGCAAGUUACAGAGCAGACACUGUAGCUAGGGUUCAAGAGACAGAGUUAAGUCAUCGGCUCAACAUAGACAUUGCCGGGCUGGCUUCCUCCAUUGAUAUCAUGACAAACUAUAACUCAGACUCACUGCAUUUCAACAAUGUUUUCCACUCGGUUAUGGCCCCAUUUAACUUGGCCAUUGAUGCACAUACCAGUGGCGACGGGAAACUUGCUCUCUGGGGAGAACACGAUGGGAAGCUAUAUAGCAAAUUUCUAUUCAAAGUAGAACCUCUGUCCCUCGCUUUCUCUCAUGACCUCAGAGGGUCUACCAGUCACCAUCUCCUGCCUGGUAAUAGCAUCAGUAUGGCUCUCAAUCAUAGAAUCACCACACUGCUCUCUCCAACUGAGCAGACAGGCACCUGGGAAUUCAAGACCAAACUAAAUAACAACGAGUAUAUCCAGAAUGUAGAAGCCUACAACACAGAAGACAGAAUCGGUGUGGAGCUGAGUGGGCAAGCACUGACUGUCCUCUCUGAGUUAGACUCCCCGGUUAAAGUGCCAUUUUCACUCAGUGAGCCUAUCAGUGUCUUUAACACCUUAAAAAUAACGGAGGCUGCUGACAAGCCCCAAGAAUUCUCGAUUGUUGCUUUUAUCAAGUAUGAUAAGAACCAAGAUGUUCACACCAUCAGCCUUCCUUUCUUUCAAAGCCUGCCAGAAUAUUUGGAGAGAAACCAAAGAGCAAUUAUAACUGUACUGGAAACCAUACAGAAAGAAAUAAAAGACAUAAAUAUUGAUCAGUUUGUGAGGAAGUAUAGAUCAGCCCUAAGCAGACUUCCACAGGAAGUUCAUGAGUAUCUGGAUGCACUCAAUUUGGAGAGACAGGUUUCUAGUGCCAAGGAAAAAUUAACAGCUUUCAGAGAAAAUUAUAAAAUUACAGAAAAUGAUGUAAAAAUUGCAGUAGAUAAUGCUAAAAUCAACCUCAAUAACAAACUCUCUCAACUUCAGACAUAUGUGAUACAAUUUGAUCAGUAUAUUAAAGAUAAUUAUGAUUUACAUGAUUUUAAAAUAGCUAUUGUUAAGAUUAUUGAUCAAAUCAUUGAAAAAUUAAGAAGUCUUGAUGAAUAUUAUCAUAUUCAUGCAAAUCUAGUAAAAUCAAUCCAUAAUCUAUAUUUAUUUGUAGAAAAUGUUGAUUUUAACAGAAUUGGAAGUAGCACUGCAUCUUGGAUUCAGAAUGUAGACACUAACUAUCAAAUCAGGAUCCAGAUACAAGAUAAACUGCAGCAGCUUGGAACACAGGUUCAGAAUGCAAACAUCCAGCAGCUAGCUGCAAAGUUAAAACAACAAGUUGAAGCUAUUGAUGUCAUAGCACUUUCAGAUCAAUUGAGAAACAUAGUUCUAUUUCAGAGAAUAAAUGACAUUAUCGAGCAUGUCAAAUACUUUGUUAUGAAUCUUAUUGGAAAUUUUAAAGUAACUGAAAAAAUCAAUACUUUUAGAGCUAUUGUUUAUGAGUUCAUUGAGAAAUAUGAAGUAGACCAACAAGUCCAAGUUUUAAUUGAUAAAUCAGUAAAGCUGGCUCAUCAGUACAAGCUAAAAGAGACUAUUCAGAAACUCAGCAAUAUCUUACAACAAGUUGAGAUCAAAGAUUACUAUGACAAACUGGUGGGGCUUAUUGAUGGUGCUGUCAAGCAGCUUAAAGCAUUGUCUUUUAAAAAAUUCAUUGAAGAAGUAAACAGAUUUCUUGACAUGUUGGUGAAGAAAUUAAAAUCAUUUGAUUACUACCAGUUUGUAGAUGAAUCCAACAACAAAAUACGUGAAGUGACUCAGAGAAUCAAUGGUGAAAUUCAAGCUCUUGAACUACCACGGAAAGCUGCAGCCCUGAAGCUCUGGGUAGAGGAUUUGAAGGGCAUGGUCUCUAACUAUAUGGAAAAGCUCAAGGACAUCAAAGUAACCUUUUUCAUUGAUUGGUUACAGGGUGCUCUGGUUCACAUAAAAGCCCAAUUCCAUGACACACUGGAAGAUAUACGAGAUCGAAUUUACCAAAUGGACAUUCAGCAGGAUCUUCAGCGAUACUUGUCUCUGGUAAGCCAAGUUUACAGUACCUUGGUCACCUACAUUUCUGACUGGUGGAUUCUUGCUUCUAAGAACCUUACUGACUUUGCAGAGCAAUACUCUAUACAAAAGUGGACUGAAAACGUGAAAGCAUUUGUAGAAAAGGGAUUCAUUGUUCCUGAAAUCCGGACCUUCCUCGGAACCAUGCCUGCCUUUGAAGUCAGUCUCCAUGCUCUCCAAGCAGCCACUUUCCACACUCCUGAUUUCACAGUUCCUCUGACAGACUUGAGGAUUCCAUCGGUCCAGAUAAACUUCAAAAUGUUGAAUGAUAUGAAAAUCCCUCCCAGAUUUUCCACACCAGAAUUUACUAUCCUCAACACCGUCCAUAUCCCAUCCUUUACAAUUGACUUGAUAGAAAUAAAAGCAAAGAUCAUAAGAACUAUUGAUCAAAUACUUAGCAGUGAUCUACAGUGGCCAGUUCCAGAAGUGUACCUGAGGGAUCUAAAGAUGGGGAGCACCCCUCUUACUGGGUUCAUUCUGCCAGACCUCCAUUUCCCAGAAAUUAAAAUUCCAGAAUUUAUAAUCCCAAACCUCAACUUUAAAGAUAUCCAAAUUCCUGACAUUCAUAUACCAGAAUUUCAGCUUCCCUGCCUCUCACACACAGUUGAAAUACCUGCUUUUGGUAAACUGCACAGUGUCUUGAAAAUUAAAUCUCCCCUCUUCACCUUAGACGCAAAUGGCAACAUAAGGAAUGUAAGUACUCCAGGCAACAAAUCGGAGAUCACAGCUUCCAUCACUGCUAAAGGAGAAUCCAAAUUAGAAGUUCUCAAUUUUGAUUUUCAAGCACAUGCACAACUCUUAGAGCCAAGCACCAGUCCACUGGUACUAAAGGAAUCCAUGAGCUUUUCCAGCAAGAACCUACGAAUGGUGCAUGAGAGUGAAAUGCAGUUUUCUGGACAUAUAAUACAAGGAAAAUUGGACACAGUAGCAAGUUUGCACACAGAAAAAAAUGCCAUGGAAUUUAAUAAUGGUGUGAUUCUCAAGAUAAACAAUCAGCUUACUCUAGACAGCAACACCAAGUAUUUUCACAAGUUGAAUAUUCCCAAGCUAGACUUCUCCAGCAAGGCUUCCUUUGACAAUGAAAUCAAGACUCUGUUGGAAGCUGGACACAUGGCAUGGACUUCUUCUGGGAGAGGGUCAUGGAAUUUGGCCUGCCCCAAUUUCUCAGAUGAGGGAAUACAUUCAUCACAAAUUAGCUUCACUGUGGAAGGAUCCACCACUUCCUUUGGAUUGUCUAAUAGCAUCAAUAGCAAACACCUAAGAGUCAUACAAAAAGUGGCAUGUGUAUCUAACUUUCUCAACUCUUCUGUGUUUGAAAUUGAGUCAAAAGCUGAAUCUCAGCAUGUGGGCUCCAGCAUUCUAACUGCUAAGGGCAAGGCCCUGCUCAGAGAAGGGAAGGCAGAGAUAACUGGUGAGCACAAUGCUGACUUGAAUGGAAAAGUUAUUGGAACUGUGAAAAAUUCUCUGUUUUUUUCAGCACAGCCAUUUGAAAUUACUGCAUCCACAAAGAACGAGGGAAAUUUGAAAGUUAGUUUUCCAUUGAAGUUGACAGGGAAAAUAGAUUUCCUUAAUGACUAUGCACUGUUUCUAAGUCCUCUCACCCAGCAAGCAAGCUGGCAAGCAGGUGCUAGAUUCAAUCAGUAUAAAUAUAAUCAAAAUUUCUCUGCUAUAAACAAUGAGAACAGCAUGGAAGCCCAUGUAGGAAUGAGUGGAGAUGCCAACCUGGAUUUUCUAAACAUACCGUUGACCAUUCCUGAAAUUAAUGUUCCAUACACAACACUCACAACUCCCUCUUUGAAAGAUUUCUCCAUAUGGGAAGAAACCGGCUUGAAAGAAUUCUUGAAAACAACAAAGCAGUCAUUUGAUCUAAGUGUAAAGGCCCAGUAUAAGAAAAACAAAGACAAGCAUUCCAUUGUGAUUCCUCUAGGUACGUUUUAUGAGUUUAUCCAUCAGAAUGUUAAUUCCUUGGAUGGCUAUUUUGAGAAGAUCAGAGACAAUACAUUACAUAUCCUUACCACAUCCUAUAAUGAAGUAAAAAUUAACUUUGAUAAGUACAAAAUUGAAAAAUCCUUCAACCAGCCAUCUAGGACCUUUCAAAGUCAUGGAUACACUAUCCCAGGUGUCAACAUUGAAGUGUCUCCAUUCACUGUAGAAACAUUGGCCUCCAGCCAUGUGAUCAACACUCCAAGUUUCACCAUCCCAGGCCCUAAGGUCUAUGUGCCUUCUUACAGGUUAGUCCUGCCAUCCCUCGAGCUGCCAUCCUUUCAUGUCCCUAGGAAUCUACCCAAGUUUUCUCUCCCAGAUAUCAAGCAACUGAGUGCCAUUAACAAUAUUUUUAUUCCAGCCAUGGGCAAUUUUACCUAUGAUUUUUCUUUUAAAUCAAGUGUUAUCACAUUGAAUACUAAUGCUGGACUUUAUAAUCAAUCAGAUAUUGUUGCUCAUCUCCUGUCUUCUUCCUCAUUUGUCAUGGAAGCACUGCAGUACAAGUUAGAGGGCACAUCACGGCUAACAAGGAAGAGAGGGUUGAAACUAGCUACAGCUCUGUCUCUGAGUAACAAAUUUGUGGAGGGCAACCAUGACAGCACCAUUAGCUUAACCAAGAAAAACAUGGAUGCAUCAGUGAAAACAACUGUAGACCUCCACAUUCCAGGCUUGACAAUGAACUUCAAGCAAGAGCUUAAUGGAAAUGCCAAGUCAAAACCUACUAUAUCUUCCUCUAUUGAACUAAAGUAUGAUUUCAGUUCCCCAAAGCUGCACUCUACUGCUAAAGGGCAAGUUGACCACAAGUUUAGCUUAGAAAGCCUCACUUCUUAUUUUUCAAUUGAGUCAUUAGCCAAAGGAAAUAUGAAGGGUUCUGUUCUUUCACAGAAAUAUUCAGGAAAUAUUGCUGCUGAGGCCAGCACUUACCUGAAUUCUAAGGGUACUCGCUCUUCUGUGACGCUGCAAGGGGCUUCCAAAGUUGAUGGGAUCUGGAAUCUUGAAGUAGAUGAAAAUUUUGCUGGAGAAGCCAAUCUCCGACGCAUAUAUGCCACCUGGGAACAUGAUACACAAAACAACUUACAGCUCAAAAGCUUUUACACACAUGGAGAACAAACAUGUAAAGCCAUCCUGGAACUCUUGCCAUGGACAAUGUCAGCCCUUGUUCAGUUUCAUGCAAGUCAACCCAGUUCUCUCCUUGAUAUUCCUCACUUUGGCCAGGAAGUGACUCUGAAUGCUAAUACUAAGAACCAGAAAAUAAUCUGGAAAAGUGAGAUCCAGAUUCAUUUGAAAGCUCUUCAGCACAGUAUACAGUUCUCCAAUGACCAAAAAGAGGCACGCCUUGACAUUUUAGGAUCCUUAAAAGGACAGUCACAGUACCUUGAAAAUAUCUUUCUACCGGUUUAUGAAAAAAGCUUAGUGGACAUUCUAAAACUGGGUGGAACCACUAACUCUGGUGGGAGACAGUAUCUUCAUGCUUCAACCUCUCUUGUGUACACCAAAAACCCCAAUGGUUAUGCUUUCCUUUUCCCUCUGCAAGAAUUGGCUGAUAGAUUCAUUAUCCCAGGGCUAAAACUAAAUGACAUCAAUGGGGUAAGCAUCCAUAAAAAGUUAAGUACCUCUCCAUUUGUGCUCAACCUACCAGCACUCCCCAAAGUAAUAUUCCCCAAGGUUGAUGUGUUAACAAAAUACUCUGAGCCAGAAGGUUCCUCUGUUCCCUUUUUUGAGAUAACUGUGCCUGAAGGCCAAUUAAUUGUGUCCCAGUUCACUCUUCCAAAAAGAUUUCCAGUUGGCAGUACCAUUUUGGAUCUAAAUGAGAUAACCAACAAGAUUGCAGAUUUUGAUUUGCCUACUAUCACCCUGCCUGAACAGACCAUUGAGAUUCCUUCCUUUAAGUUUUCUGUACCUGCUGGGAUUUUUAUUCCAUUUUUUGGAGCACUGGCUGCACGUCUGGGGAUAGUCUCUCCUCUGUAUAAUGCUACCUGGAGUGCUGGCUUGAAAAACAAAGAAGAUCAUGUUGAAACAUUCCUGGAUUCCACAUGCAGUUCAACCUUACAGUUUCUGGAGUAUGACCUGAAUGUUGUGGGGACACACAAAAUUGAUGAUGGUAUGCUUAUCUCUAAGACCAAAGGAAUACUUGCACACCAUGACUUCAGUGCAGAAUAUAAUGAAGAUGGCAAAUAUAAAGACAUUUGGAACUGGCAUGGAGAGGCUCACCUUGACAUCACCAGCCCGGCAUUCACUGAGUUCCACCUACACUACCAAGAAGAUGAGGGAAGUCUGUCUUCCUCUGCAGCGUCCCCAGCCAUAGGCACUUUGGGCCUGGAUUUGAGCACAGAUGACAAUAACAUAAACUGCAAUGUCUACUUCCAGCCUCAGUCAUCUUCAGAUAAAAAACUCAGCAUAUUCAAAACGGAGUGGAGGUACCAGAAAUCAAAUGAUCAAAUUCAGAUCAAAUUUAAUUGGGAAGAAGAGGCAACUUCCAAAUUGCUAAGCUCUCUCCAGGACAAUGUACCCAAGGCCACAGAGUCUGUUUAUGAUUAUGUCAACAAGUAUCAUCAGGAGUACACAGGACUCAACCUGAGAGAUGCUUCUUCAAAGCUAAGGAGAAGUCUGCAGAACAAUGCUGAGUGGGCCUAUCAAAGAGCCAUAAAGCAAGUUAAUGAGAUGGACACGGAAUUCCAGCAAGCAGCCACUAGCACCAUAAGAACCUAUAAGGAGUGGAAAGACAAGGCCCAGUAUUUGUAUGAGGAAAUACUGGCUCAGGAAGGCCAAACUAGCUUCCAGAAAUUCAAGGAUAGGGUGUUUGACAGCUUAGUACAAGUUACUCAGGAGUACCAAAUAAUAGUCAAGCAUCUGGUUGACACAUUCAUUGACUUCUUGAAGUUCACCAGCUUCCAGCUUCCAGGGAAGGCUGGUACAUACACGAGAGAUGAGCUCUGUACCAUGGUUGUGAGGGAGACAGGGAAGAUGCUGGCCCAGGUAUGUUCAACUAUCCAUAACAGUUUAGAAAAACUGCUUUCCUAUGUCCAAGAUCUUGUAGAGAAAUCUGACAUAAUCAGAGAUCUAACAGUUAGAUUUCCUUUUCAUUCAAGGAACUAUAAACUAAAGGAUAUAAUUCUGGAGUAUAGAAAACUGUUGGACUCUUUGUCACAAAGAGUCCAACAGACAUUUAAUAGCCUGCAGUCUAUCAAGUUUACAGAGAUACUAAGUAGCCUUCAGAGCUUUGUGCAACACCUUUGUCAAGACAUAGAAGAAAACAUGAAACACUUAAAGGAACAAAAUUUUACUUAUUUUAUUAAUUUUAUUAAUAAUAAGUUCAGCACAUAUGUCCCAUAUGUUUUGAGAUCACUGAAAGAAGGCCUAACUAAGUUCAAUUCAUUUAUCCAAACUGAACUUCAGGUAGCUGCUUAUGAGCUACAGCAAGUCCAUCAGUAUAUAAAGGCUCUUCAUGAAGAAUAUUUUGAUCCAACCAUGGUUGGCUGGACAGUGAAAUAUUAUGAACUUGAAGAAAAGAUCGUCAACCUAAUCAAGAACCUCAUAGUUGCCAUUAAGAACUUCCAUUCUAAAUUCACUGCCAGGGCUGCUGGCUUUGCUUCCCAACUCUCAAGUCAAGUUGACCAAUUUGUGCUCAGAGGUAUCCAAGAAUAUCUGAGUCUUCUUGCUGAUGUAGAUGGGAAGGGGAGAGAGAAGAUUGCAGAGUUUUCUACCUCUACAAAGGAAAUGAUUAAAAGCUGGUCCAUUACAAUGAAGGAGAUUAUUUCUGAUUAUCACCAGAAAUUCAGUUCCAAACAGCAAGAUUUUUCAGACCAGUUUUCUGAUUACUAUGAAAAACUCAUUGCUGAGUCCAAAAGAUUGAUUGACUUAUCCAUUCAAAGCUACCACACAUUUCUAAGACAUAUCACUGAGUUACUGAAAAUGCUGCAGGCAGCCACAGCCAGUGAGGUCAGCCCUUACAUAAAUCUUGCCCCUGGAGAACUGACUAUCACCUUCUAACUUUUUAAAGCAAUCUUCAUUUAUUAAUUGACUUCAAUUAAACUUUCAUAUAGUGGGUAAAAUUUCAAACUAUUCUUAGGAUCAUCCACUAAACCAGCCCUACAGCAGACAAUCUCUACAAAGCGGAAGUUAUCUAUGAACUAGACCUGCACUGACACUGACAUAAAACUUGGAAGCUGCCUGCACUCUAGAUGAUGUACAUGUAUAAGUUGUAUAAAAUCAGGACCUGAGUUAUUUUGCUACACUUAAGGGGA